AUGUCAGCCAAAAUUCUCACAAUCGGAACCGCUGCAGGUUCAAUCCGUGAACUCUUCGCGAAAAUUAAGGCCAUUGACGCGAAACACGGCAAGUUUGACCUUGUUCUCUGCGUAGGAGACUUCUUUGGGCCUUUGCUUGACGGAGGGACAGUGGGAGAGGACGAUGAGAUCGUGCAGCUUUUGGACGGGCGGCUGGAAGCCCCGGUCGACUGUUAUAUCAUGCAAGGCGAGCACCCGCUCCCUGCGCUCGUCAUAGAGAAGUUUGCGAAGACAGGCAGUACCUUGGCGAAGAACGUCUUCCUCCUUCAUAAGUCAGGAGUCUUGACAACCUCGCAUGGCUUGCGGAUUGGAUGUCUAGGUGGAAUAUACGAUUCCAAUUUAUACGCAGCCGCUGAGUCCCCCCACGGGUUUACGUCGCCGUAUUUUACUUCGCACACCGUUGAGAAGCUGCUAGCAAAUACUUUAACAAAUUCUCAACCGCAAGACCAGAAUUACACCUCGCUCGCUGCAAUCAAGUCCAACUCCACUUCUUCGCAGCACCUUGACAUCUUCAUCAGCAACGCGUGGCCCUCAGCCAUCACCCAGUAUUCAUCCGCUCCACUCCCAUCUCCAGAGCUCUCCUCCAUAGGGGUUGAUCCAGUCGCCGAAAUUAUGCGUCGCACAAAGCCACGGUAUCACUUCUCUGCAGGCGGAGGUCAACCGCCCAAAUUCUGGGAACGCGAACCAUUCGUUUGGGACGAGGACGGUGGCCGCGUGACACGAUUCAUCAGUCUCGGCGCAUUUGGUGGUGAAGUUACGGCAGGCAAGAAGCAGCGGUGGUUUUACGCCUUCUCGAUUGCGCCAAAUGCGCUGGAUUCGGCACCUCUGGCACGGCCUGCAAACGCGACGAAGAAUCCAUUCACUGAGGCUGUGCAGCGACCACUCAAGCGACCAUUGCAAGAAGAUGCGGACGACGGCGUGAAUUUCAGAUGGGGGAACGUGCAGCAACCAGGGAAACGCGCACGUACAGACGGGCAGGAAGGGAAGCCACCCCCUGGGUACAAAUGCAAGAUCUGCGAGUCUCCAGACCAUUUCAUCAACGACUGUCCGGAUCGGGCAAAACCAAAAGAGGGUUACAUCUGCAAGGUCUGCCAUGAACCCGGGCAUUUCGUCCGAGAUUGUCCUGUCAAGAAUGCAGUCGGCGAUACCGGCGGGCGCAAGCCCAAGGAGGGCUACGUGUGCAGGGCCUGUGGAAGCGAGGCGCACUACAUCCAGGACUGCCCUAUCGCGAACCAGAGCAGCUCAGGCCAAUAUGGCGCGCGAGGCCCCCGUGGGCCUCCGAAAGAGAUCGGACCGGAUGAAUGUUGGUUCUGUUUGUCGAAUCCGAACCUUGCAAAACAUUUGAUCGUCUCUAUCGGCUCGGAAUGCUAUGUAACGCUGCCAAAAGGCCAGAUUGUUCCAACGCACACCGCGGCAGAUCACGGAAACGCGCCAUCUGUUCCCGGCGGGGGACACGUCCUGAUCGUGCCUAUCACGCACUACCCUACCUACAGUUCAAUACCGUCAGAUAUCUCCGGGCCAAUAGUCGACGAGACGGAGAGGUACAAGUCCGCCCUGCGCGCGAUGUACGCGAAGCACGGUGCGGCGUCCGUCUCCUUCGAGGUUGGGCGGCUCAGCGCCAAGGGCGGGCACGCGCACGUCCAGGUUGUGCCAGUACCGGACAAGCUCAAGGACCGCGUUGAGGAAGCGUUCGUCUCCGAGGGCCGCGCGCACGGCAUCGACUUCGAGGCGGACGCAGAGGGCGCGCUCGACGCGUGCAGCAGGGGCCGGGGCAGUUACUUCCGCGUCGACCUCCCUGACGGGCGGAAGAUGGUACACCUCCUGCGCGACACCGUACCGUUUAGCAUACAGUUUGGCAGGCAAGUGCUGGUGAAUCUGCUCAACAUGCUUGACCGUUUCGAUUGGAAGGCCUGUGUGCAGACCGAGGAUGAGGACAAGGCAGAUGUGAAAGCCUUCAAGGCUGCGUUCUCCCCGUUUGAUCCUUCGCUUUGA